AUGGCGUCAAGCAGUCAAAGACAGAAUGAGACCGAAGAUGACGAGAACGACAUCUCCAGUACCCGGUCACGAAGUGCGCAGUCGGUUUCGAGUUGGGAUGAAAAACUGCAGCGCAGCCAGUCAAUGUCCAGCAAAGCGAGCAACUAUGAGCCCAUCACGGAUGCUGACCGUGCUGAGAUCACACGGGUUGCCAGCGAGGCAAAGCCACCCGAACAGCACGGAGAAAGUCCUGACCCUGCUCUGGAUCCUUCUGAUCCCGCUUUCGACAUAUACAAAUGGGCCAGGAUGACCCUUCGAGAAGCAGAAGGUGCAAACAUCAAGCAUCGGCGCGCAUCAAUCACAUUCAGGAACCUGAGCGUAUCAGGCUCUGGGAUCGCCAUGAAUCUCCAGCCGACGGUAGCGUCCUAUCUCCUUGCUCCCUUGCGCAUAGGGGAAUUGGUACGCUUUGCGAAAAAGCCACAGAGAAAGAUUCUCGCCGGUUUUGACGGCGUCGUCAAGCCCGGAGAGAUGUUGCUGGUCUUGGGUCGCCCUGGAAGCGGAUGCUCGACCCUUUUAAAGACGUUAGCUGGAGAACUCCAUGGCCUGAAAGUAGGGGAUGACUCGGUCAUACACUACAGUGGAAUACCUCAGCACCAAAUGAUCAAGCACUUCAAGGGCGAGAUCGUCUAUAAUGCCGAAGUCGACAUACACUUUCCACAUUUGACCGUCAGACAGACUCUCGAAUUUGCCGCUGCCAUGCGUACCCCACGAAACCGAAUCUUGGGGGAGUCGCGAAAAGAAAACGUCAAGAGGGCCACAGCCGUCGUAAUGGCAGUAUGCGGAUUAACUCAUGUCCAGAAUACAAAAGUAGGCAAUGCGUAUGUACGAGGUGCUUCAGGAGGGGAGAGGAAGCGAGUGAGCAUUGCUGAGAUGCUUCUCUCAUUUUCACCCAUCGGCUGUUGGGACAACAGUACGCGUGGCCUAGACGCUUCUUCUGCUCUCACUUUCGUCCGAACUCUCCGGUUGAGUGCCGACUUGAUCGGCUCUGCCCACGCAGUUGCCGCGUAUCAGGCUUCCCAGGCGAUGUACGACGCUUUUGACAAGGUCGUGGUCCUCUAUGAGGGACGGGAGAUCUACUUUGGCCCAACCAUUCUUGCGAGAGACUACUUUACAGAGAUGGGUUGGCACUGUCCAGCUCGACAAACAACCCCUGACUUUCUGACCUCAAUCUCAAACGUGAACGAAAGAAAAACGAGAACAGGAUACGAAGAAAAGGUUCCUCGUACCGCUGUCGAAUUCGAAAAAUACUGGCGGAACUCGAGCCUUUACAGGUCCCUCCAAGAAGAAAUGAAGACUCACGAAGAAGAAGAUUACACCUCCGCUGCGGCUGAUGAAUUCAAAGCCGCUCGUCGUGCGGUCCAAGCGCACCAUGUUCCCCCGAGCUCCCCGUACACCGUUUCGACGCCGAUGCAGAUUCAGAUUUGCACCAAGCGAGGCUUUCAGCGUCUUUGGAACGAACGGGACAUCCGAUUCACCUUGGUCAUUGGACAAGCGAGUAUGGCCCUCAUUAUCGGCUCCAUUUUCUACGGCACGAUCAACGACACGAAUAGUUUCUUCGCGAAGAGUUCCGUUAUUUUCUCCGCUGUAUUAUUGAAUGCUCUGAUUGCAGUUACGGAAAUCAAUCGCUUGUACGACCAAAGACCUAUCGUGGAAAAGCAAGCUUCUUACGCCUUCUACCACCCAUUCACAGAGGCGCUGGCUACUGUAGUAGCGGAUCUACCAGUUCAGCUGCUCACCGCCGUCGUCUUCAACGUUGUCCUCUAUUUCCUCUCGGGCCUCCGGAGGGAAGCUGCACAGUUCUUCGUCUUCUUCCUCUUCGCCUUUCUCACGAGGAUGGCCAUGAUGGGACUCUUCAGAACCAUCGGCGCCGCGACCAAAACAGUCACACAAGCACUUGCGAUCGCUGCCGUGUUCGUCCUGGCGAUAGUGAUAUACACUGGUUUCACAAUACCUCGACCCAAUAUGCACCCUUGGUUCAAGUGGCUGUCGUGGUGCAAUCCGGUUGCAUUUGCAUUUGAAGCACUUCUGGUCAAUGAGUUUCAUGGAAGGCAAUUCCCUUGUGGCAAUUUCGUUCCUGCAUAUCCAAACCUGCUUGGGGACACGUUUAUCUGCUCUGUUCCCGGUGCGAUUGUCGGCCAAUCGACGGUGUCUGGUGACACGUAUCUCGAAAAAUCUUACAGAUACAGUUACAGCCACACCUGGCGGAAUCUCGGCAUAGUGAUUGCUUUCUUGAUCUUCUUCAUGAUCACUUACCUAGGAGUAUCUGAAAUCAACUCCAAACCAGAUGGCAAGGGAGAAGUGUUGCUGUUCCGCCGUGGCCACGUACCACAUUACGUCGAAGAGGGGUUGAGACAUGAAAACUCGGAAGAUCCUGAGGCUUCCCUCGCAAUAACCGGGAGGUCUGACACCCAAGCUGAAGAUAUCCGGGCAAUCCCACCACAAAAGGCGAUCUUUACUUGGCACAAUGUCAACUACGAUAUCCCUGUCAAGGACGGUACACGCAGGCUACUCGACCAAGUAUCAGGAUGGGUCAAGCCUGGAACAUUAACUGCUCUGAUGGGUGUAUCAGGUGCUGGGAAGACAACACUGCUGGACGUUUUAGCACAGCGCACCUCGAUCGGAAUUGUGACGGGUGACAUGCUUGUGAAUGGAAAGCCCUUGGACCCCAGCUUUCAAAGGAAAACAGGGUAUGUACAGCAACAGGAUCUCCAUCUCGAGACCUCGACUGUCCGUGAAGCAUUGCGUUUUAGCGCCAUGGUCCGUCAGCCGAAGUCUGUCUCAAAGAAGGAGAAGUACGAGUACGUCGAGGAAGUCAUCAAGAUGAUCAACGCCGAAGACUUUGCCGAGGCCGUGGUCGGUGUGCCGGGUGAAGGCCUGAAUGUUGAGCAACGAAAACUCCUUACGAUAGGGGUAGAGCUCGCCGCGAAACCUGCCCUCCUCUUCUUCCUCGAUGAGCCAACCAGUGGGCUGGACUCACAAAGCUCCUGGUCUAUUCUCAGCUUCCUCCGAAAACUUGCCGACCACGGACAAGCUGUUCUGUCGACCAUUCAUCAGCCCAGUGCGCUACUGUUUCAGGAAUUUGAUCGAUUGCUCUUCCUCACUACCGGAGGCCGGACCGUCUACUUUGGCGAAAUCGGCACCAACUCACAGACCCUGACCGGCUACUUUGAGAGGCACGGAGCCAGGCCCUGCAGCGAUUCUGAAAACGUGGCAGAGUACAUGCUGGAAGUGGUCAAUCCUGAAGCAAGCGCCAAAGACAACCGUGAUUGGGUUGAGACUUGGAGAUCGAGCGAGGAGAACAAGAAUAUACUGGCAGAGUUGGACCGAAUCAACCAGGAAACAAGCAAGAUUCCCGUGGAAGACGACACCGGCACGAGUCUGAGUCAGUAUGCAGUUCCGAUUUACACUCAGACAUAUUACACGACCGUCCGCGCCUUUCAGCAGUAUUGGAGGACUCCUGGAUAUAUCCUCCACAAGUUCGGCCUUGGUGUUGCUUCAUCUCUGUUCAUUGGCUUCUCAUUCUGGCAGUCCAACAGCUCUCAACAAGGGUUACAGAAUGUGUUAUUGAGUGUGUUCAUGCUUACCACAAUAUUCACGGCAUUGAUUCAGCAAAUCAUUCCUCGAUUCGUCAUUCAGCGGUCGCUCUACGAAGUUCGCGAGCGCCCGUCCAGGGCUUACUCGUAUGUUGCAUUUCUGCUGGCCAACAUCAUCGUGGAGAUACCCUACCAGAUCCUGCUCGGGAUCAUGGUAUAUGCUUCGUAUUACUACUCGGUUUUUGGCAUACAAUCUUCGGAAAGACAAGGACUUGUCUUGUUGUUCUGCGUACAAUUUUUCGUGUAUGCAAGUACGUUUUCGCAGAUGGUGAUUGCAGCUCUGCCUGACGCAGAGACUGCCGGUAUUAUUGCAACACUUAUGUUCGCCAUGUGUGUUUUGUUCAACGGCGUGCUUCAACCACCGGAUGCGCUGCCGGGCUUCUGGACGUUCAUGUACCGCGUGAGCCCCUUCACCUACAUCAUCGACGGCAUCGUGGCGACGGCGCUGCACAGCCGCAAGGUCGUAUGCUCGGAAAACGAAAUGAGCAUCUUCUCUCCGCCACCGAACAUGACGUGCGGCCAGUACCUCGCGCCCUACCUCCAGCUGGCGCCGGGCACGCUGUACAACCCCGCGGCGACGAGCAACUGCGAAUACUGCGCGCUGUCUGUCGCGGACCAGUACCUGAGCCCGCGCGGCAUCUCGUGGGGCCAGCGCUGGCGCAACUUUGGCCUCGUCUGGGCGUACGUGGCGUUCGACCUCGUCAUGAUCCCCCUGCUGUACUACACCUUCCGGAUGAAGAAGUGGCACGGCCAGCCCGGGACGAGCAAACGCCGGCGCGGGCUGAACACGGUCUACGCCUGGAUCCGCACGUUUGGCAGGUCUUGUCGGACCGUCCUCAUCGGGCGCUGGGAGAAGCUGCCGCUGGAGAAGCGUGCAGAGAAUCCCCGGAUGUAUUAA